CAUCUUGGCCCUGCAACUGAUUUUUAUAAGAAACUUGCUUUAGAUUGCUCAGGGCAGCAGACGGCAGUGGAUCUGUUCCUUUUGAGUUCACAGUAUUCUGAUCUUGCUUCUCUAGCUUGCAUGUCCAAGUAUUCUGCAGGUUGCAUCUAUUAUUAUCCAUCUUUCCACUACACCCACAAUCCUUCACAAGCAGAAAAGUUACAAAAAGACUUAAAGCGAUAUCUCACAAGAAAAAUUGGAUUUGAAGCUGUAAUGAGAAUAAGGUGCACUAAAGGUCUUUCAAUGCACACUUUUCAUGGAAACUUCUUUGUCCGUUCCACUGAUUUGUUAUCUCUCGCCAACAUCAAUCCUGAUGCUGGAUUUGCAGUACAGCUGUCAAUUGAAGAAAGUUUGACAGAUACUUCCUUAGUGUGCUUCCAAACAGCCCUACUAUAUACAUCAAGCAAAGGUGAGCGGAGAAUUCGAGUGCAUACUCUCUGUUUGCCUGUAGUAAUUUCACUAGCAGAUGUUUAUGCAGGAGUGGAUGUACAAGCUGCCAUCUGCCUUCUGGCAAACAUGGCUGUGGAUCGAUCUAUGUCGUCAAGUCUCUCAGACACAGGAGAUGCUUUAGUGAAUCAGCUGUCUCAAAUGCGCAGCACUCUGCGUUGGUCGCACCCAGCUCCCUCAGGUUGUUCCCUCUCUAUGUUUUGGCCCUGCUCAAACAGAAAGCAUUUAGAACCGGUACAAGCACACGCCUCGAUGAUCGUGUGUAUGCUGUAUGUGUCAGAUAAAGUGUCAGCCACUUGUUCAUCUAAUGAAAAUGAUUCAUCCCAACUUACACAGGAUAGACAGAUUGACAGAUGAGGUAUGAUCUCUUUUAGAGCCUUUGACAUUUUUA